AUGAAGAGUGGUACCUUUGAAAGGUGGUAUCUGCUCUUGGUGUUGACCGCGGCAGUGGACUGUUUGAAGGGUGGUACCAAGGGUGGAGGGUCCAGGUUACCCAGGACCAGUGCGGGGCAGUUAGCGGCCGCGGCGGCUGCCCAAAACAAGACUGUUCAUGAGCUGAGAAAUGCUAAAAAUGCUACGCUUACCAGUACUGUUGGACCUCCUCCUGGUCGCAGAUCUAGCAGCAGAGAAAGGUAG